UCUGCCCACGAGGCCACAGGAUACGCCCCUCGGAUCCCCUCCCCUCAUCAAGUACGGAUAAGGGGAAAAACUGAAAGCUGGCAUAACAGUGAAGAAAGCGGCAACAUCAAGACAGGUGGUCACAAACACACAGACGAAGACGAUGGGUUACGGGAACAUCAUGAAAGUUGAAACAAGCGGAGCAUCCCAGCAAACGGCAAACCAAGACGGGCUGCACUACGCCAGUGAGCGGGCGUCCUACAAAAUGGCCCAAACGGAUCUGGACAGAAUGAACAAGUACAAGGACAGGAUCAGGAGCGUAGCAGCGGAAAAGGGGAUCGACGCUGCUAUCAUCGCUGGCAUCAUCUCCAGAGAGUGCAGGGCUGGAAAUACACUUCAGAGUGGCUGGGGUGACCACGGCAACGCCUGGGGACUCAUGCAGGUGGAUAAAAGGUAUCACAACAUACAAGGUGGAUGGGACAGCAAGGAGCACCUCCGCCAGGCCACAGACAUCUUGAUAAAGUUCAUCAACGAGAUGGACGACCGCCGUGGCUGGAGUACGGAGCAGAAACUCAAAGGGGGGAUCGCGGCCUACAACUGCGGUCCGGGAGCCGUGGGGUCGUACGGAAGCGUGGAUGCGAACACCACCGGGGGAGACUACUCCAAUGACGUCGUUGCCAGAGCUCAGUGGUACAAAAACUACGGAGGGUUUUAACGCGGUUUCGGGACAAAACAAAAACCCCGUCGACAGUCAAUAAACCUGAAUCAAAA